UGCAUAAGUUCUUGCAGGGCUUUGUUUGUUGACACUGAAUAGACACAGUUACUUUGUUCCCGUCAGAGAAAUGAUAACCUGUUCGUGUUGAUCAGCCAUCUCAAUCUGUGCUAGCUUCAUCCUCUAAACAAUCAUGUCAACAUAAAAAUUACCAGCCAUAGUUAAACUUACAAUUUGUCCACUUUUUUGUUUACUGGAGCUACAUCGGUUGAUUAUCUGGUUAAAUAAAACAGUUUUUCACAAUGUCUACUAGUUUUAUGAUUGGUAAAUCUGUCUCUUAUCCAGUAAUCAAAGGUGAUACCUUCCCAAGGCGUAGUCAGAGGAGUAAACGUUCAGAUGGUGAACCAGUGCAUUUAAAAGACGCAAGACGAAGCAGCGGUCGAUCAAAUAGUAAUCGUAAUCUUUCUGGUUAUCCCAUAAGUCAACAACAGCUUAACAAAAGAUCAAGUGAAACUGACAACCGGGAACAAUCAUCACCGCCAUCAUCAACACGAUUGAUAACCAUAGGAAUUUACGGUUGGAGAAGAAGAUUUCUUUAUGGUUUAAUCAUCAUUAUAUCCUUGUUUGUUGUCAUAAAUGCUGCUUUAACCAUUUGGAUAGUUCGUUUGCUCAAUUUUCAAUUGGAUCGGAUUGGUAAAAUAAUAUUAACUGAUGAUGGUAUCAUUAUUGAUGGUAAAGCUUUUGCUCGAGACACUCUAACAGCGCGAUACAUUAAAUCAGUAAAGGAUUCAAGUUUAAGAAUAAUUGCUCCAGAGAAUCUUGAUCUUGAAUCUACUGGCGAUAAAUCAACUGAUGGUAACUUGGUAAAUCUUUUGUCAUUAAAAAAUGGAUCGAUUAACGCUUGGGUUAACGGAAUGACCAUCAAAACUCGAGAUAACAAACCUUUAAUCACUGUAAAUGAUUCUGCCCUGACACUCUACUCAACCAAAUUAAGGAUAAAUAGUGAUUAUGGGAUCCAGUUUAAUAAUUCCAUUCAAAGUCCAUUGAUUUUAAGCGAUCCUUUCCAUGAUCUUGAGUUACAAUCCAAGACUAGAGCUGUUCAAAUUUCUGCUGCCACUGAGGUUAAUCUAAACUCAGGAAAGAGUAUGAACCUCAUCAGCCGUAAAGAUACUCGCUUCAUGUCCAAAUCAGGAAAGAUAAUUUUGGACUCCGAUAAAAUUGAGUUAAAAAACUUGAGACUGGGUAUACCUCUGAAAAGUAUGGAAUCUGAUCCAGGAGUUUAUCAAGUCUGCGUUUGCAAUAAUGGAAGAUUAUUUAUGGCUUUGCCAAGAGAAUCCUGUACUUUUGACGUAAAUGUCUGUGAAUAUUUGAUUGAGCCUAAAUCAAUUGCUACACCACCGGAUUGAGUUAGAGUUAACAAGGAACUAGAUCCAAAUAUUAUAAAUGGAUUUGUUUCUUAUGGAAAACAAGUAAUUUCCCAAAUCGUGCUUUAUGGUCAAGAUAUUACAGAGGAUUCUGCCACCUAUCUGUCUCAUUUCAAAUUUUUGCCUUUCGUCACAUUCCUUUCUUGGCCUAUGGAGUUAUACUCGUUUCACCACAAAGUCAUUAUCUGAUAUUGGAAAGCUAUUUUUUUGCCAUUCUCAAAGUUUUUCUGAAAUCAUGUAAUCUGGGUUUCGUAAUAAAGAGUACCAUGACGCUGCAUAUCAUGA